UGUAAAUAUUUUGAUAUAAAUAUAAAGAAGUUAUUUUGAAUCAGCUAAAUGCAGUCAACUGUGAGAGCUUCUGAUUUAUUUUUUCACCAAUAGAGAAAUUAAAAUUCUCUAACAGCAAAGGAGUUGAACUCCACUGAAAUAAGCCAUCUGGGCAGACUGCAGGUCCCCCAUCCACAAAAGAAUUUCUUAUUAGUUGUGCUCAUAUGAACGCAGUCAUAUUGUAAAGCACUUUGUUUAAACACUGUCAAUAGGCCCUGGGGACCUCUCUUUUCCAUUAUUUCUGCUUAUGUCCUUGGUCAAAGGGACCAGGUCCUCAUUUUGCAAACUAACACAGGGGAAGGGGGUCUCACUGCUAGGCAGCAAUUGCAGGUGGGUUUCUUCCUUCUGAUGCCCUCAGCUUGGAUCCAGACACAAGCCCUUGAGUCUCUUUUGAAAAAGAUGUGAACUCUUUGCACUUUGGGGGGGGGUCACAUAUGUUCUGCUUUGAUGAAAGCACCUAAAGCUUGGAAUCAAACUGAUUUAACAAGAGAAAUGGCUGUUGUUUUAGCAAGAGACUGAUAAGCCCUUGACAACACCACUUCCUAACCGAAGCCAGCCACACCACAAUGUUUUUCCUUUCAUUUUUUGCAGCUCCAGAUCCCUUCUGUGCUGUAGAGUGGUGGCACGAGAGACUCUGGGAUUGGUGCAUUUUACCCUUGUAGUUGUCAGGCUACAGAAGCGCUUCUGAAGGUCUGCCAGUGUUCACUCUCCCCUUGGUCUGCAGCCAAACAGUCUCCUCCCUGGCUCCUCUGUCCAGUUCCCCUCCUCUUCCUGCUCCAGAGGAAAUCCUGCAGGGCCGGCUUCUUCUAGUUCUGGGAAGUGGGAGAGGCAUUCUGGGCCGGCUUUGUGGCGCAAAGGAUGAGAAGCAGAACAGAUCUAGUGUUUUAGUAUUCGAUGAAAUUUGAGCUACUGAAGCCUUCAGAGUAAAUGCCCACAUUUGCACAUGCGUGCACAUGCCCCUCCAGCAUAUGGGAGAGGUCUUGCUAAAGGUGUACCGACCCAACAGUCCAGAUGGGGUCAGUGGCCGAGGGCAGAGAAUACGUCUUCAGUUGUGGGACACAGCAGGGCAGGAAAGGUUUCGUAGCUUGACCACCACCUUCUUCAGAGAUGCCAUGGGCUUUCUCCUUUUCUUUGAUCUAACCAGUGAGCAAAGUUUCCUCAAUGUCCGGAACUGGAUGAGCCAGCUGCAGACCCACGCCUACUGCGAGAGCCCCGACGUGGUGGUGUGCGGGAGCAAGAGCGAACUGGAGGAGCAGCGCGUGGUGAAGGAAGGCGACGCCAGGCAGCUGGCAGGCAAAUACCGGGCGCCCUACUUCGAGACCAGCGCCGCCAACGUGGGCCCGGCCGUGGAGUCGCUGCUCGGGCUGCUCAUGAAGCGCAUGGAUCGGUGUGUGGACGGGCCCCACGCUUGGGCCCCCAACGGCCCCGCCGAGACGCCGCCGCGGCAGAUGCGCAAUAAACCAGUCCGUGGGUCAGAUUCCGCCUUUUCUUGGGCCACCGCUUCGCCGCCGCUUGAUGGGGGGGGGCGGAAAGAGAGGCGGGCCGGGCUCCUCCUUGACAACUAGCGCCUCCGCACCACAGCCGGGAGAGACGCUC